AUGAAUUUAUCAAAAAUUCAAGAAAAAAGGCCUGGAAACAAGAUAGCAGCAGUAGUAGUAAUAACAACAGCAAUGAUAACAGCAAUGACAGUAGCAAUGAUAACAGCAACAAUAGUAGCAAUGAUAGCAGCAGCAACAAUGACAACCGCUACAGCAAUAAAAGAAGAGGUAGAAAAACAAGAAAAACCUCAAAAAAAAGUUCAAAUAAAGAUAUUAGAGCAUCAAGCUCUGAACAAUAUAAAAAAAAUUGUAGCCAAAAGUGAAUAUCACAGUGAUGAGAUAUCAAAAACAGAUGAUGAACUUGCUAAUAAUGAAAAAAGGAAAAAGAUUCAAUAUCCUCUUGAUAAUAACUGCAAUAAUCAU